GUAGGGUUUGAGAGAUUUAUCAGGUGAUAGAUCAUCCACCAUCGGUGUAAAAAGGAUGGGAGAAGUUGAUGAAAAGCCUUUCUUGAAAGUAUGUAGACAGAGAUUUAGUGGUGAAAACGUUGAGUUGGAACAAGCCAUGCUUUGUUCGAAAUGGCAGAAAACACUCAAGGAUCCAUCAUGGUAUCCAUUCAAACGCAUCGGAACCGGAGAGAAAAUGAAGGAAGUAGUGGAUGAAGAAGAUGAGAAACUCAAGAAUCUGAGGAAAGAGUGGGGAGAAGAAGUGAAGAACGCAGUUAAGACAGCACUUGUGGAACUGAACGAGUUUAACCCAAGUGGUCGGUACACAGUUCCGGUACUGUGGAAUUUCGAACAAGAGAGGAAAGCAACACUAAAAGAAGGGAUUGCUCACAUGAUAAAGGAGAUCAAAACUCGCAAACGCAAUCUCCCAUGAUGUGUUCGUAAAGAGUUUGUUUUUUGGAAUCUUAAUUAAAGAAUUAAAACUCU